AAAAAAAAAAAAAAAAAAAAAGGAAGGGAAAAAAAAAUUUCUCCGAAUAUACGUGGAAAGGCGCGUUUGGUGUUCAUGUACUUGUGUGUGUGUGUUUACGUAUAACGUACGUAUUGCUACGAUUCAAGUCGAUAUACAAAAUGGACAUUCGCAUGUAAAAAAAAGGAAGGAAAAAAAAAGAAAAAAGAAAAAAGUGAUGUUAUAUGUCAAAGAUUUUUUUUUUUGAUCAUUACCACAUAACGCACAAGAGAGAGAGUAAUGGGAUUAUAGUGAUUUCAUCGAAAAUUCUAUACAUUUUCUAUCUGAUAAAGCGAUUUUUAAGAGAUAACAAAGAAUAGAAGAAAGAAAAGAAAAAAAAAAAGGAAAAUUCUAAAAAAUCAAUCUCGACUUUGAGACAUAUUUGCUUUUACUAUUUUUUUUCUCCCUUCUCUCUCUCUCUCUCUCUCUCCAUCUCUCUCUCUCUCUCUCUCUCUUUUUUGAAAAAAAAAGGAAGAAGAUUUUCGAAAAAAAAAAAAAAAAUAAAAAAGCAUAAUUUUCGAAGAAAAAUGAUAGGACCAUCGUCUAACAACGGUAACGUUUCGAAUCACGAUACGAUCGUAAAUGGCCAAGGUGGUAAAUCGUCGAAAAGAAAGAUCUACGAGGAUCUAGACGUAAAUAGUUUUUGCGAGGAAUUAUGGCAAAAUGGUAGAAAACGUUAUUUGCAAGAAUUAGAAACCCCGAUAGAAUUGAUAAUGUCGAACGAUCUUAUUUCGGACGUCGAUAAUAAUACGUCGUUUUUUACCACAAACAAUUCGACGACGAUCAGUCAGGAUAAUAAUAACGACGAACGUGCCUCAUCCGUAACGCGUUUGAAAGUAUUGGUUGUAGACGGUACCAAUUAUUCUUGGACAACGUUAUCCGAUUUGGAAAGUCAACGUAUACAGGAACAAGUAACAGAAUUGACAAACAAUUGUACGACAACAAUAUCGUCACCGUCAUCCUCGUCAUCGUCAUCGAUGUCAUCGUCGUCUUCGUCAUUAUCGUCGUCAAUUUCAUUGGAAGGACACCCUAAUUCCGAUAUAAUUUAUACCGAUUUACGUACGAUCGACGAUACACAAAAUAAUUAUCAGCAGGUAAUACGUAAUGGUUUAUGGGAAUCCAUAAAUCAUCACCAUCAUCAUCACCAUCAUCAUCAUCAUCAAUCGUUGAUCACUUUACCCGCAUCGAAUAAUAGAAUGAAAUCCCAACAAAAUUCUAUGCAAUCUUUAACGAAUAAUAAUGAUCAACAACAACAACAACAACAAUAUCAUCAAUUCGAUGAUCAAGAAGAGAAUGGUAAUCUUUCAUGGUUGUUGGAUUUUAAAUUAGAUCCUUUCAUCGAAGCUGCUGCUGACGAUAAAAUAUAUAACAAUGGGAUAGAUCUCAAGGAUAAUUAUUACGGAAAUAAAAGUAAAGGAAAUAAUAAUCAUCGUGGUAAUGGAUCAAUGAUCUAUACGAUAGAUUCCAAAAAAUUGUAUAACAAUAAUCAAGAUAAUUCAACGAUUACUAAUCAGAAAUCUUCAUACGUUAAUUCGGACAUUAAUAAUCAUCAUCAAGAUUUUUCAUCUACCAAUAACAACAACAAUAAUAAUAACAACAACAACAACAACAACAACAACAACAACAACAACAAUAAUAAUAACAAUACUAAUAAUAAUAAUAAUAAUAAUAAUAAUAAUAAUAAUAAUUGUCCGAAAAAGCCACCGUUCACUUAUACCGAAUUAAUCGAACAUGCGCUACAAGAAAGAGGGGAACUUACCGUUUCGGCGAUUUAUCAAUGGAUUUCGGAACACUUUCCUUAUUACAAAAGUAAUGACGAUCGUUGGAAAAAUUCUGUGAGACAUAAUCUCUCGAUAAAUCCACAUUUUCGAAAAGGAUCUAAGGCCCCACAUGGUGCUGGUCAUUUAUGGGCGAUAGCCAAUCGUGGUGACACCAGACCACAUCAAAUAAUUACAACCGAUCCGACAAAACCAUCAUCACGAUCGAUCAUAAAGGACGUUGAUUAUGGCAAUUCUCGGCAACAUGAUACUAACAACAGUGAAAUAGGUUUAUUAGACGAAAUAGAAGCAGCUACGGCAAGUAUUACACGUCAAUCUUCCGAAGAGGAUACCGACGAUAUCGUAAAUUCUACGACAUUGGAACAUUGUGCGGAACAAAUAUUAAGCGGUAUCAAAAAGGAGGUCGAGGUACAAUAUUUGGUACCAAUGAUGGUUUCCAAUGGUACGUGUCAGGGAACACAGCAACAAAAUACAACACAAACGACUAAUUUUGAUUGUACCAUAAAAGAAAGCGAUUUUUUAAAUCCAAUAUCGAAGGAAGUAGUAGCCGAGGAAUGUGGAUUGAUAAGCGAAGGUUUUCUGGUAACCGAUAUGGGCUCAACGGGUUUAGGUUUAAACAUGGUAGAAUCUGAAAUAAUAUCGCCGGAGAAUUUAUUCGGGGAGGAAUUAAAUUUUCAAUUUUACGAAUUGUCAUCGCCAUCCCAAUUGCAAUCCGCUUGACACACGGACAACAACAACGAAUUACACGUGAUUUUGAUAGACGAGUUACAAAUACAGGACAUUCAAGUAUGCGAAAAUAUAACGAUUACCAGCGAUUGUACGACGAGUCACAGUGUAACAUAAGAAGUACGCGAUAAUGGAAGAAAAGGAAAGAAGAAAUGAAAGGAAAAAUUAAGAAAAAAAAAAAAUAAAAAAAAAAAAAGGAAAAAAUAAGAAAAAAAAAUGAAAAAGAAAAAAAGAAAAAAAGAUUAAUUGAUUUGAUAAGGGAAUUAUAAUAUAGUUUUUACGAUGUCCAUUACUGACAUCCGCUUUACCGAUACAUCAUUACAUCCGAAAUGAAAAAUCUCAUAUCUCUUGCCUUUUAAGAUCUUAUAUCUGGAUCUUAAUAUACAU